UGGUUACGGCGAGUUGGUGGGAUAGAAGGUACAUGGCAGUAAGGCGGAGUGAAUAGUGUGAUAUUACAUGUCGAAAUGUUUGUUGGACGUGGUGCUAGUUGUGCCUGCUAUGUGGGCGUCUUCUAUAUUUUGUACAUCAUCAAUAUUGGGGACACACAGCUUCUAAUUAAUGUGAAGAAUCAGGGUGGUGAUGUCCUUCAAGAAACGAUCACUGCGAAUGUGAGUGAGGACUCGGUGACUCUGGAGUUCCAGCGAUCUGACGGGACGCUGAUUACGCAGCUCGUGGACUUCAGAAAUGACGUGCAGAUAUUGAAGGCUCUGGUGCUUGGAGAGGAGGAGCGAGGACAAAGCCAGUACCAAGUGAUGUGUUUCGUGUGCCACUUCCAGAAAGAGGAGUUCAUAUCGUCUGACGCCAUGUCGAAACUGCGGCAGAAAAACCCGGGAACGAUCCGAACUCCAGAGGAAGACAGGGGAAGAGAGAAUUUCACAAUGGACCUAUUUGUGAACGCAGGGAAGUCUGGAGUCAUAUCUCGUCACAUCUCCAGCCUGUGCGGCGAGGCAACAGAUGCCACCUACACGAGGGAGGCAGAUAUCAAGAUGUGGGCUGCGCAGCCUGGUGCUUCAUUGUCUGCACUGUUGGGAGCCGUCAUCCGGUACCCUUCUCCAAUACCUUCGGUGGCUCGUCAUGAUGCCGGAGUAGCCGUCAAUGCCAUAGAAGAAGAUCCUGCGGCAGCUGUUGGGGCAUCCACAGGACGGUGCCUCGAAACAGUAGACCCAUGGACGCCGUGCUUGUGCCAUCUUGAGAUGUGUAUAGGUUGGUACCCCUGCGGAUUGAAGUACUGCAAGGGCAAAGGUGAUGGCAAAGUGGGAUCGGUCGGCGGUAGUUACCGUUGCGGCAUCAAAACAUGUAAGAAAUGUAGUCUGUUCUCAUAUUACGUGCGCCAGAAACAGCUUUGUCUAUGGGAUGAAUGACCCAGAGCCCACAGUUGAAGGAAACGGGCUCUAUAUAACAGAUUUCCAAUGCAAUGCUGCUGCCUCUGGUGUGCCAUGAACUUAGUUCUUCGUUCUCUUUUCUAACCAGUCUUCAGCCUAAAGAUCUUACCUAGAGCAACAAGAAUUACGAGUUUAGUACUGUGACUUCACCGGUCGCCAUUUAACCAUUGGGCAAUAAUAAUCCACCGGAGGCAAAAUAAAACGUUGUGAGAUGUACGCCGUGUUGUUCUAGGGGACAUUGAUCGCUGUUAGCUUGAUCAUUGUCAUAUAUCUCAUUUUGAGAGACAGAACAUGUCUGUGGGACCUGGAUGGUGAUCCUGGAGGCCGUUACGUUGACAAUAUGGUUACAGCUGGGAAUCCAGGAAGCCGUGCAUGUAAGUUACAUGAAGUGGGAACCGUAAGAAUGAAUUUAUGUACAGCUGUUCACAGAAACGCGUCUGCAUUAACGAGAGUAACAAUUAUUCAUUAUUACAUAUAUUAUAUUAACUUUUUUAUCAGUACGAGUAUACACUGAAGGUGCUGUUACACCUGAAUGAGCGGAGUGUCUUCAUUUUACCAGUAUCCAAAUACAAGGUCAGUAACUGGUAACAUUCGAUAAUCGCUGGAUAAGAGAAACGUAGUUUUUGCCAAUUAGUGUGAUCGUUUCCUUAUAAUGAGCAAUUAAGCGUACAUUAUAAGUAAACCUACACACAAAACUUACGUAUUUUUCCAUUUAUAUACAUUUACAUAAAAUCUGACGAUGUAGAUAGAACAAAAUAAAUAUGUCUUCAUUACACAUCUCAAUGAAGAUGUCAAAAAUUGUCGCAAAGGGCAGAACAUGAGAUAACUGGGAAGGACUUUCUGAAUUUGCCCACUUAUGUUACAGCUGGUUUGAUACGCGAGACUUGUAUAUAUGGCAGAGCUACUCAGUUCCAUGACAUACGUUGCUUCGCGGUACGACACGGUUUGUGUUCCAUAGCUAAUGUAGGGAGUUUCAUUGUGGAGCAGUUUCCGGUUCUGCACGGUUUCGGCCCCUUAUAGUACGAUUUGUGGAGAACCGUUAAACGCGGAACACAUGUCCAGUAUAAUUGUAAUUUUAGAAUUGUCAUACCACAAAAUUAUGUACAUUUAGCUUACGUAGGCCUAUGGCAUUCCAGUCACCGAAGUUAAGAAACAUUGGGCGUGGUUAGCACUUGGAUUGGUGGCCUCUUGUGAACACGUGCUGUUGGCAUUCCUUUUAAGCCGACCACAGUGACCGCGCGGUCAAGGGCAUGAACUGUCUUCGUCUACUUGGACACAGGUAUCGUCGGUUCGAAUCCCACCCAAGGCUUGGAUGUCUGUGUGUGUUUAUUCUAUGUUUAUGUUAUUCUUUGUAUAGGUUAUUGUGCCACAACGAUUGCGACAGUAAAAUUUCUUCCUAUAUCUUACCGCUACCACCAAUUUGUUGUGCCCUGAUAGGGGUCAGUGACUGUACUCACCCCCUAUCGGACUUCGUGGAUAACUCUUAACCUGUGAGGUGGAAAACAUGCUUGCAUUCGGGGGAUCCACAAAUAAAUCGAGUACCCACCAACAACAAUAAAGUAAAAUAUAAUGAAAUAAACACCAUUACAACAAACAACUUGUCAAUACACACAAAACCUUCGAUUAAACCCCUGAUUCUAAUUUCCUACAUUUAACUGUCCAUAAUAUGUUAAAAUAAUUCAACCAAUUUUCCUAAUAACAUUAACCAACCAGAAUCAUAUAUUGACAGUCACCAGUGAUCCGAACACAGGCAAGUACUCACGUUCACAAAAGAGGAAGACAUCUGACUCCAUCGCGUCUCCUUCCUACCACGCGACUGUUCUGAGCUAUUCCUAAAAUCAGAGUGUUCGCGGCUCCUCCCGUCUGAACCCCUCAACAUUCAACAUCACGAAAAGCUGCUCAUGUAAAACCCCUAAGUCAGCAAACUGUGCGAUGGCGAGACUUGCCUCGUGUCGUCGUUUAAUUUGUCAGCAGUUUCUAUAGACUGUACAACUGACACCGGAUGGCUAAAGAAUGUACGGCGUCUCAACUCUGGCUUCUGGCGGGUUUACAACUUGUGGUUCACCCGACGUAUUUUAAAUUUAUAAAACUUAUAAUUGUUUUCUAAUCAAUAACACGUAAAUUUGACCCCUUGCUAGGAUAAAGCAUCAUCAUCAUCAUCAGUAAUCUGUCAAGACGACAGGUCCACAGUCUCUUUCAA